GCAGCACUGUGAUUGGAGAGCUAAUGCCCGUUACAACCUACAACAUUCGUAUUCUUGCAGAAAAUUCUCUAGGACAAAGCAAGCCAAGCGAACCAAUAACUGUUACUACUAAUGAAGAAGCUCCUGCAGCUCCCCCUUCUGACAUCAGAGUAGAAGCUACUAGUUCCACCUCAAUAAAAGUGUCGUGGAUGGCUCCACCCAAAGAAAUGAGGAGAGGCUCCAUAAAAGGCUAUUACUUGGGUUAUAAAAUAUUUCGCUCUGCUGACACAUACACUUAUAAGACGUUGGAAUCCAGCGGGGAUGUCAGAGAGGAGCAUCAUUUGACGAACCUCAGAAGAUUUACUCAGUACGUCAUUCGCCUGCAAGCGUUCAAUAAAGCUGGGAGUGGCCCUCAUUCCGAAGAGAUAUCAGUCGAAACGCUGGAAUAUGAUCCUCCUGGGACCCCUGUUCUUCGUGUAAUUUCGGUUGGUGCUACAUCUGUAAAAUUAGAAUGGAAAACACCAGAUUCCACUCCAGUACAAGGCUAUCUUAUGCAAUACAGAGAAGAUAAAAGCGAUUGGAUCGAACAUCGCUUACCUCCAGACAUUACCAACCACGUUCUCCAGCCAUUGCGAUGUGGGACGCGAUAUCAAGUUCAGAUGACCAGUUUCAAUAAAGCUGGGAAUGGCGAACCGUCAGACGUCAUACAACUAAAGACCGAAGGAACAGCUCCAGUAGCUCCAGACAGACACUCAUUUUUGUCAAUCAAUUCAACUUUUGCGACUCUACGUCUGGAUGCAUGGCAUAGUGGAGGCUGCCAAAUAUCCUAUUUUGAAGUGAAGUAUAAACUGUUAUCUGACGUCGAGUGGUUUCUGGUGUCCAAUAACGUGCUCCCGGAAACAGGAAAACUCCUGCUUUCAGAACUCACUCCGGGAACUUGGUACAAUUUGAUGAUAUCUGCUCAAAACGAUGCAGGAUCAACUGAUGCUGAAUAUGUAUUUGCGACAUUGACGAUAUUUGGAGGAACUGUGGCGCCUCCUACAACUGUUAUUUCUCCAGAUCGUAGAUUUUUCAAACAUUUAAGCAUUAUAGUUCCAGUGGUAUGUGCUGUAGUCAUCGUUAUUGUAGUAACUAUAGUGAUUUGCGUCUUGCACACAAGACGCAAUCCUCCAAAUAAUGGACGGGGUCACUACGAUCAAGCUGACGGUCAAUCCCGCACCUCACACAAAGGAGACACUUUGAACAUGAGUGUCCUGGGCAAGAAAGGCCACGGAGAGACUGCAUACGAGGUUCCAAAAGACUCCUUAUAUUUCCCGUCUCCCUACGCCACAACCCGAGUGCCCGGGUACGUCGUGGAAGAAGGCAGCGAAUGUGACAGCCUAAGGUCGAGUACCAGAACUCCUAGCGAUCCUCAGGGAAGCCACACAUACGAUGUACCUUUUCCAGUUAGAAGGGAAUUCCAGGAACAGUAUUCGCAAAUCAAGCGGAUACAACUUUCAUCCAUACCAACAACAACCAACGUCUAUGAAGCUCCUCAGUGUUGUGACAGAGAGAAACUUGUGUCUAGAUGGAUAGGUCGUCCAGCGUCAGAGCCUUGCACUUUUGAACUUAGUCAAGAAUAUCAGCGACGCAUGCAAGAGGAGAGCCGCUGGUAUCCGGCACGAUAUCGGACGACCCUCAGUACUUAUCCUCAGGAACAACGUCUGGAGUGUUCAGAUGAUGAAAAUGAUUUUGAAUCCCUCCGAAUGUUGCCUCAGGACGAUGACGAAGAAGGCCCUGAAAUUUCAGAGACUGAAGCAGACCGAGAGCUUAAAAUUUUUCGUAAACCAAAAGGAAAUAGUUCUCUUUGUGUCGCUAUGCCUCCUGAGUGUCAACAAGCUGCUCUAACAGCCCUUGCCGUCCACUGACUCGUCUGAAUACAAAGACAAUAUUUAUGAAAAAACUUUCUGCCACCUACGGAACUCUCCUCCUGAAUGGAAUGUACAUAUUGAACUGAAUGCGAUUUCGUAACCCAGAAAUGUCUGCCUUGAAUGUUUGUUGCGAUUUUUAACAAAAAAGUGCAUCUCCGUGCAUGCAUAAAUUGUUUGUUUGGAACAAAGAAUGUAGUAAAAUUGUUUUCAUACCAUCUGCCUUUAUUGUUUAUUACUUCUCAACUGUGGCUAAUAUUGCGUAAAAUUAAAUUU